CCCUGUUCAACAUGAUAGAAUGAAACACGUCCGAAUUGAUCGAUACUUCGUGAAAUAGGAAAUGGAAGAAAGAGAAAUCAAGUUAACCUAUAUACCCACUACCGAUCAGCAUGCUGAUAUUCUGACUAAAGCAAUGUAGAAACAGAGUUUUGAAUCAAUUCGAAGAAAGCUGGGAAUAUUUGAUAUAUAUUUCUCAGCUUGAGAGGGGGUGUUGGUGGAAGAAGAUAAAGCUAGGGCUGGCUAGUGCUAUAGAAUAAAACCGAGAGAUACCAAAUAAUCUCAUCCAUAUCUUCUUAUCUCUUAUUGAUAAUAAUCUGUUUCUAUUUGUAGUUAAUUAUCUGUUUAAGUUUGAUUAUUUAAUUUGCUUAUGUUAUAAUCUAGAGUUAUAAAUUAGGAGUUAUCUAAGAGCUAUAAGUUAGGAGAUAUUUUAGGAGUUAAGAGUUGAAGUUGAAUUAGUAAUGAGCUAGGAGACUUGUGUAUUUAUACUCAAGGAAUAAUCUGAAAUCAAUGAGGUAGAAUUCAUUCAAUCUACCUAAUUUUAUCACUUUUUAAUUUAUUUUGGGUGGGGGAAAAAAUUAAAAGAGAGAGAAAGGAAGUGAGAGAGCAGGCUAUCACUGGAGUCAGGAAUUAGAAGAUGGGUGGAUACCUUUUUCCUUGUCCUUUUGGGUUCUAUUAGGGCUGCAAGUGAUUAGAGCUGCUUAUGAACAAUUCAAAGCUCAACUUGGUUAGGGCUUGUUCAAGCUCAUUUAUUUAAUUACAUAAACAAGCUUGAGCUUGAUUUUUAAGCUCAUUUAGUAAAUUAGCUGAGCUUGAGCUUUAAUGUGCUUGACUCUUUUGGGCUCAUGAACAAGCUCAUUCGUGGCUCGUUUGUAAGCUUAUUUAUAGGCCCACUUAUAACCUCAUUUAUAGGUUUAUAUGAAGUGUAUUUUGAAAUAACGUGGUGUUUUUUAUAAUUGAGGAUUUUUUUGUUGCUAUAUUAUUUAUAUUAUUCAAGAUUUAAAAAUAUAUUGGAAUGCAAUAAUUCUAUGUCUUCUACAUAAACAAGUCUAGAAUGAAUCUUAUAAUGGCUUUUAAAUUUAAAACUUAUAAAAUGGCUUGUAUGAAGCUCUCUUAAAACUCGUUUGAAGCUUGUUUAAAGCUUAUUUAAUAUAAAUGAAUUGAGCUCUAGCCUAGGCUUGAGCUCAACAAGCUUUUAGACAAACAAGCUGAAGCCUUAUUUUUGAGCCAGACUCAAACUCGGGCUAGAGCUCGAGCCCAAUAAAAUUCUUAACAAACAAGCCUGAGCUUUUAUGAGCUCAGCUCAGCUCAUUUGGAGCCUUAGGUUCUGUAUGAUUGUAUCAGUGGAUCUUUCAUUCUCUUUCUUGAGGCAUUAUGUCUUCUAGUUUUAGAGUAGCAUGAAUAAGGAAUAAGACUUUCAAUGUCUAUCAGACCUUAAUAAACUUGAAUUUGAUAUUUUCAAUUGUCCAUACUGCAGAAAUAAUUGUGUGAGACAAUUUUGUGUUCAAUUGAGGUUCAGAAUUUGUUAAACCACCAGCCUGAACAAAAAUUCAAAUUACAGAAUUUGUUAAUGGAAAAAAAAAAAAAAGAAGAGUAUGUAGCAGGUUAUUUUCAAUAUAUAGCUCUUCUCUCAUUCUAGCACCAACCUCCAACAUUUCCACUAAACUGUUGGCCCUCCAUGACUGCAGCAACAUAAAUUAGAUUUUGACUAAGAAAAAGUUAUUUCUAAUCAAACAAAGAAAAACAGUUCACUCUCAGUUGGCUUUGCUUGUUUUGAACCCAAAACUUGAUCUUCUUUAACCCUAAUCUGCUGCCCAAUUCUCUCCUUUGCUUGCAAUCCAGAUGUGGAAAGUCCUUGAAAAAACUACAACAAAAACAAAAUUUAUUAAUUUAUCUGAAAAGGCAGUCUCAAGAUGAACCCAAGCAAGCUUCUCUUCAAAUUUCAGACCAAAAGAGAAGAGGAACCUUACACUUCCAUUUCUUGAAUCUGAUAUUGAAUGUGCUGUAUAGCAGCUUCUCCUGGAUUGUCCUUCAUAACAACUAGAUCUCUGGAGUUUUUGUCGAUUUGGUUUUCUCUGGUCAUUCAGACACAGCCUUGGCAGCUUGGGCUGGAUUCAGUGAGUUUUACUGCUAGCUACUCGACAUGCUAGGCUGCAACUCAUCUGAGUUGUAUGUUUAUGUACCUACUGGUUUUUCCAAAGAAAGCUUAGAAUUGAAAUAAAUGGAAAGGGAAGGUUCACGAAUAAAAAAUUAAAGACUUAAGCCAUUGGAAUCAAUAUGGUCAUAACCUAUAUCCAUGCUUCUGCAAGAAGACCCAUGUCUAAAAGUAGUUCAAAUGAUAAAAGGAAGCAGUUGACCUCUAAGGAUAUCUCUCUCUCUCUCUCUCCACACACACACAUAUUACCACUUGUAAGGCUCCAUCAUAGUUUCAUGCAACUCUAGGUGUUAGGGCUUCAUGAGUGAUAGCUCUUGCCACAAUUCCAGCAAAAACUGCAGCUCAUUGGAGGUACCAUAGAGGAAGAUUAAAGUUAGGCUAACUAGUUAUUUAUAGAGGCCACCAGUUGCAAACUUAUGUAAAUAAAUAAUAAUGAUACCUUGUCCAUGAGGAUUUCAACAAGUUUAGGAGGGUUGAUCAUAAUAACAGUAGUUUUAUGAGGGGAUUUGCAUUUGAAUCUGGUAAGCAUUGAUUAUAUUGCUUGUGGAAACAUUCUGUGAUAUUCUUCUUCCUUUAUGACAUAGGUGUUGCUGCUAGUGUUGUCAUCGAUCCGUAGCGGUGCGCCAAUGCAGGUCAUUUUGAUUCACAGAGCAACAAGCUACUGGACCAUUGCUAUCAUGACAGCAUUGCCAGUUUGGCCAGAUAUCGAACUUAUGGAAAAGGCGAGAAAGCAAUUGAUACGCCAAACUGCACUUUCAGCCAUGGAAGAGCUGACUAAAAUGGCUUGUAUUGGCGCACCACUGUGGAUCGUUGGCAAUACUGGUAGCGACACCUAUACCAUAAGGGAAGAGGAAUACCAAAGAAUGUUUCUACGAGCAAUGAGGCCAAUGCUUACCGGAUUCGAAUGUGAAUCCUCCCGUGAAACUGCUGUUAUUAGGAUCAACCCUCAUAAACUUGUUGAAAUUCUCAUGAACACGCGUCUAUGGGCUGCAGUUUUUGCUGGAAUUGUGGCAAGGGCUAGCACCCAUGAAGUCCUGACACCUGGAGUUGCAGGAAACUAUGAUGGAGCCUUACAAGUGUUGACUGCUGAAUUCCGAGCACCAUCACACCUUGUUCCGACUCGGGAGGCCUACUUUGCUAGGUAUUGUAGGUGCUAUGAAGAUGGGAGUUGGGCAGUUGUCGAUGUUUCCUUGGAUAGUUUGUGCCCUUCGCCCUUAGGGAGGUGCAUAAGGAGGCCUUCUGGAUGCUUGAUUCACGAGAUGCCUAAUGGAUGUUCAAAGGUUACAUGGGUGGAGCAUGUUGAUGUGGAUGAUAGAGGCGUUCACUACAUGUACAAGGCAUUUGUCAAAUCUGGCCUUGCAUUUGGGGCGAAAUGUUGGAUCUCCAUUCUGGAUAGGCAAUGUGAGCGCUUGGCAAAUGUCAUGGCACCAUGUCUUCCUACCACUGAUCCUAAAAUCAUGGAAGGAAGAAGAAGCAUGCUGAAUUUAGCUGAGAGGAUAGUGGCAGGCUUUUGUGGUGGCCUGAGUGUCUCCAAUGGUCAGACUUGGACAGCAUUAUGCGGAAGGGGAGAUGAUGAAGUUAGGAUAAUGAUCAGGAAGACAGUAGCAGAUUUCGGUAGCCCUUUGGGGAUUGUGCUUAAUGCUGCAAUUUCAUUCCGGCUUCCAUUUGGCCCCAAGAGAGUGUUUGAUUUCCUUCGUAGCCUGGACACUCGAACUCAGUGGGAUGUCCUCUCUUGCGGUGGGGGGGUUGAGGAAAUAGCACAUGUUGCUAGUGGUCGAGAAACUGGCGACCGAGUGUCCUUGUUUCUAGUAAUUUCUGCUGACGGCACCUACAAGAACAUGCUUGUACUUCAGGAGACUUGGAUUAGUCCUACGGGAUGCUUCCUUGUCUAUGCACCGGUGGAGGUUGUUGCGAUGUUGACGGUGCUAGAUGGUGUAGACUCGAGCCAUGUCAAAGUUCUUCCGUCUGGAUUUGCUAUAGUUCCGGAUGGGCGGCCUAUUCGAAAUGCCGGCAGGCAUGUUGAAACUAGUCAAUCUGGUGGAUCUCUAGUGACAGCACAAUUUCAGAUCUUGGUUGAUUCUGAUCCAACUGCAAGACUUCGUAUUGACUCAAUUACUGCUGUCAACGCCAUUGUCCGUGGCACUGUUUAUAGGAUCAAGAAUGCAAUGGGAGGUUCAGGAACUGGAUAUAUAUAAUACCUGGAUAUAUAUAUAUAUGCAUGUACUUGCGUAUAUUUCUUUGUGGGAUCUUAUAAUUUUGCAUAAUCUUGGACAUGCCUCUGCUAUAGUGGGUUUGCUAUGUGCUUUUCCGUG